CUUAGCCAAACCAAACCUGUCUUCAGCAUCCAUUAAAAGUUUGGUUUGGAUAGAUCUCAGUGAGAGUCUGAUAAAAAGUUUCCGGAAAUUCCUAAAACAGACACAGUUGCGGAAAAUAAAUCUUUUUGGCGGGAAAUUCAAUAUUGAAUCUUCAGAUAUUGGGUGUGACAAGGACAUCUAUACUCUGUAUUCCAAACUAAAAACUAUCAAGCUUCAAAACAGUUCUUUAGUUAAACUUGAUCUCAGUCAUGUUGAAAUUAUUCUGGAUAAUAAUCUGCGCUUGAAGGCAAGAGAGUUCAUUCAUAUGGUUCAGUUUACCAACCUUAGAAAACUGCUGAUUAGUGAAAACUGGGUUCCAUCACAGCAAGUUCCUGUAAAAGAUUUCAGUUUGUGCACAUUCUUUGAUGGUGUUCGGUUAAACCUGGGGAAACUGGAGAAUUUAAAUUUAUCUGACUGGGUGUUAGAUAUAUCUAACCCUGUGGAUACGAUCAAUAAACUCAAACGCAUAUUCUCAUCUCUACCAAGGUUGGUUUCUCUGGUUCUAGACAACUACCAGGAGAAAGUUGAAUCUACUGACUCGGAGAAGGAGUACUCAGAGACCCGUCCUGCUCCCUUCUUUAUACUAAAACCUUGUCUGAAAUCUCUACCUAACCUGGCCAGGCUCAGUAUAAGAAAGGUUAAUGUAUCCCGGGAGGCUGUCCCAAUGCUGGCGAAAGCCUUGAAGUACAGAGCUUUAAAGAACCCGGUGGAGGUGAACGUACAGUUUAUAAAUUCAGAGAUUAUCGAAUACAUCAGUGAACGGUUGGAUUCCUAUAGAAGUGUUGCUUACUCUUACAAUAAACAAACAGGGAUAUUACGAAUAGAGCAGGGUGACGACACGAGGCCGAACUUUGUUCAGUUUUCAAUGCGAGGGGGUCAGAUGAGGCUAAAGAUGGGAGGAGAACUUGUAUUCUCGAAAUCCAUCCGAUCAACAAACUUAUAAUCAUGGCUGAGUGUACUUUAACCAUGCAUACAGGGUUACCCACAAAGGAUGAACCUGUAAAGACGACUUAAGAAUCUGAUGAUUACAAGGUCAAAUUAAGGCUUCUGCAUUGAAUAAAGUUUUUUACCAGUUUAUCGCCUAUUUAUUGGCAUGGAAACCAGUUUACAGUUGCAGAGAAUCCUAAAUAUAAGUAAAUUGACAGUUUGAAUUCUUUACAGUCGUCUCUGAAGUCUCAUCAUUUGUGGGUAACCCUGUAUAAUUAACAAUGUGAUACACAAUUAUGACCUUGUUCAAAAUAUUAAAAUACAGAGCAUAGAAUUUUCCUAAA